GGCGCCGGGGCCUCGCAGGGGAGGGGGCUCGGCGUUGACGUGGGACGCGGCGGAGGCGCCGCAGCCGGUGGUGAUUUGCUAACCUCGCCUCAGAGUGGAGUUGAGGGUGAUGAGAGCGGGUACUGCGAACUGCCUGGCGAUGCCGCCGCUGCCGCCUUGAGACGGAGAGCAACAGUUCCCCCCCACCCCGCCCCUCCCCGACACUGGCACACACCCCUUCACCAGGCACGCACACCCACCCCCGGCAGCGCCCGGCUCGGCAGCGGUGAGUGAACCCCUCCUCCACUGGCCCAGGAAGCCCACCCUGCCCUACCACACCAAACACAGAGGAAAGAGAGCCCCAUGCCUGAGCCGAGGCGAGCGCCAUGGAUUUGACCAAGAUGGAUAUGAUCCAGCUGCAGAACCCUAGCCACCCCACCGGGCUGCUGUGCAAGGCCAACCAGAUGCGACUGUCUGGGACUUUGUGUGAUGUGGUCAUCAUGGUGGACAGCCAGGAGUUCCACGCUCACCGGACGGUGCUGGCCUGCACCAGCAAGAUGUUUGAGAUCCUCUUCCACCGCAAUAGCCAGCACUAUACUUUGGACUUCCUCUCGCCAAAGACCUUCCAGCAGAUUCUGGAAUAUGCGUACACGGCCACACUGCAAGCGAAGGCGGAGGACCUGGAUGACCUGCUGUAUGCCGCUGAGAUCCUGGAGAUCGAGUACCUGGAAGAGCAGUGCCUGAAGAUCCUGGAGACCAUCCAGGCCUCUGAUGACAACGACACAGAAGCCACCAUGGCUGAUGGCGGGACUGAGGAAGAAGAGGACCGCAAGGCUAGGUAUCUCAAGAACAUCUUCAUCUCGAAGCAUUCCAGCGAGGAGAGUGGGUAUGCCAGUGUGGCUGGACAGAGCCUCCCAGGGCCCCUGGUGGACCAGAGCCCUUCGGUCUCCACCUCAUUCGGUCUUUCAGCCAUGAGUCCCACCAAGGCUGCAGUGGACAGUUUGAUGACCAUAGGACAGUCUCUCUUGCAGGGAACUCUUCAGCCUCCCGUGGGGCCUGAGGAGCCAAUGCUGGCUGGGGGUGGGCGGCACCCUAUGGUGGCUGAAGUGAAGACGGAGAUGAUGCAGGUAGACGAGGUACCUGGUCAGGACAGUCCUGGGGCAGCGGAAUCCAGCAUCUCAGGAGGGAUGGGAGACAAAGUUGAGGAGAGGGGCAAAGAGGGGCCCGGGACACCCACUAGAAGCAGUGUCAUCACCAGCGCUAGAGAGCUGCACUAUGGGCGAGAGGAAAGUUCUGAGCAGCUGCCCCCCACAGCUGAGGCUGGCCAGGGCCCCCCAGGGCGACCAGAUCCCCCAGGGCCCCUAGCAGAGAAACACCUUGGUCUCUACUCCAUGUUGCCCAACCACAAGGCUGAUGCUGUGUUGAGCGUGCCAUCUUCCGUGACCUCUGGCCUCCACGUGCAGCCAGCCCUGGCUGUCUCCAUGGACUUCAGCACUUACGGGGGCCUGCUGCCCCAGGGCUUCAUCCAGAGGGAGCUGUUCAGCAAGCUGGGUGAGCUGGCUGUGGGCAUGAAGUCCGAGAGCCGGCCCCUCGGGGAGCAGUGCAGCGUGUGUGGUGUGGAGCUCCCAGAUAACGAGGCCGUGGAACAACACAGGAAGCUGCACAGUGGGAUGAAGACGUACGGAUGCGAGCUCUGUGGAAAGCGGUUCCUGGAUAGCUUGCGACUGAGAAUGCACUUACUGGCUCAUUCAGCGGGUGCCAAAGCCUUUGUCUGUGACCAAUGCGGCGCACAGUUCUCCAAGGAGGACGCCCUGGAGACACACAGGCAGACCCACACUGGCACGGACAUGGCCGUCUUCUGUCUGCUGUGUGGGAAACGUUUCCAGGCACAGAGCGCGCUCCAGCAGCACAUGGAAGUCCACGCGGGCGUGCGCAGCUACAUCUGCAGUGAGUGCAACCGCACCUUCCCCAGCCACACGGCUCUCAAACGCCACCUGCGCUCGCACACAGGUGACCACCCGUAUGAGUGUGAGUUCUGUGGCAGCUGCUUCCGGGAUGAGAGCACACUGAAGAGCCACAAGCGCAUCCACACUGGGGAGAAGCCCUACGAAUGCAAUGGCUGUGGCAAGAAGUUCAGCCUCAAGCACCAGCUGGAGACACACUACAGGGUGCACACAGGUGAGAAACCCUUUGAAUGCAAGUUGUGCCACCAGCGGUCCCGGGACUACUCAGCGAUGAUCAAGCACCUGAGAACACACAACGGAGCCUCGCCCUACCAGUGCACCAUCUGCACUGAGUACUGCCCCAGCCUCUCCUCCAUGCAGAAGCACAUGAAGGGCCACAAGCCUGAGGAGAUCCCGCCCGACUGGAGGAUAGAGAAGACUUACCUGUACCUGUGCUAUGUGUGAAGGGGUGCCAAGCACGGGGGAGCAGCGUGGGAAGCCAGCAAGAUGAGCUAGAGCAAGAUGAAGUGGAGGAAGGACUGUGCAAAGAGAUUUAAAGAAAAAAGGGGAAUAAGGGGGAGAGAGAGGGGGGGAGAGAGAGAGAGGGAGAGAGAGGGAGGGACAUGGGGAAGGAAACCUGAUAGCUGUUUGGCUUUGAAUUCUCUCUGUGGCUUCCGGGGAUUCUGGCUGCCAAGUCACUCCUCUCCUGAUUUUCUUGGGUGAGGCCAGUAAGGUUUUUGUUCAUUCA